AUGAAUCCGAUCUCAUUUCCAACAACACUAUCGGAUGAAGAGCACGCUCUGAAAGAAAUCCAUGAAAAGCUAAAGCUGAUGCGACGUUUGUUGGCUGAACGCAAGAGCGUGGCUGCAGGAGAAGUGUCCAGUAUCGAAAAGAACAGAGUUAGAAAGUCUGUGGAAGAUGCUGCAUUUGCGACUGAAGAACUCAAAAGAAAGGUUAUUGCUGGUGCCAUCAAAGUCAAAAAAGUCGAUGAGAAGCAUACCUUCAAACGAGCAAAAAUCGACAAAAAAGCCCGCACGACAAGCGUCUGUGAAGAAGGCGAAAUUGAC